AUUGCAGAUAAAAUGAAGAGGCUUCUGAAGACUAAGGACAAACCUUCAAAAGGACCUGGAGAAGCCUCUCGCUUUCUUAAACCUCCUAUUGAGCCUGUGAUAGAGCCAGAGAGUCCUUAUAAAGGAAGUGAGGUAACUCUCCGUCGCAGUAAAAGUUCUGUCAGCGUUGACAGUCAUUCAUUUCAGAUGACACCCACUCGGUUUCGCCGUGCUAAACUAAGUUCCACUAUUCGCAGUACUGAAUCAUUCAAUGAAGCAGACUCUACUCCCCGUGACAAGUUCCGUCUGAGGCGCAAAGCACAGUUCACGGAGAGUGAAGGGGAGGACACGGCAUCUGAGAGACGGAGACAAAGUAAAGGAGAAGAGUCCAAAGAGGAGAGAUUACCUGGAGGAACAAAUCACAACUAA